AUGAAGCAGGCCUGCUGGCUCAAUCGCUUCCAUCUUAGCUGUCUUCGAUGUAUACUGAAGCUGAGGUGGCAGGACCGAAUCCCUGACACUGAUGUACUGGAGCUGACGAUAAUCCUCAGCAACUGCGCCAUUCUGAGACAACUGCAACUGCGUUUGCGCGGCCAUCUCGUGCGGUUAGACAACGAUCGGCUACCUAAACGCCUCUUCUACGGAGAUGUAGUCAGGGGUCCCCGCCGACAAAAAGGCCAAGUCCACCGCUACAAGGACAGUCUGAAGACUUCCGUAAAGCAUCUGCAGGUCAACCCGGCCGACUGUGAAGAUUUUGCCCGAGACCGUCCGAUCUCGAGCAGGACAGUGAAAACAGGCACAGCGAUCUAUGAAGACAAUCACAUAACCGCUUCCAAUGACAAACGCGAGGCCCGCAAAUCCCAACUGCGCCCACCUUGCACCGCUAAUACUCAACCGCUCCCGACCUGCUCACCCUGCCAGCGGACGUUCCGCGGACCAAUCGGCCUUGUAGGCAUCUGCAGCACGCGGACUACCAUUGGCCGCACUUCCGAAGCCCCACUACAAUCCUCCUCCUCCCCAUCGCCUCAAUGUCCAAAAUAUACACUUGACCAGAAUUUUUCACCACCAACAAAAACAACAACACCCCAACAGGGAUCCGGAUGA